AUGAAUGAUGCGCCAACACUAGCACCCGCAUUCAGCGCAUCGACGGUGAUGCUAAUUCCAAGAGAUACUCCAAUAAUUCCGCUAAUGAGACUUGCUACAACGAGACCUUUUGCCAACAUAGAUAUAUUUUUCUUUAAAUUUUCGUUCACAAAUGCAAUUAGUAAUACAGAUACAGCCGAGGAUGAAGAUAAAAUGCAGCUCACUGUCAUAAACGCUCGUGCUGCUAACACAUUAUCCUUGGCUCUUGCAGUUGGUAAACUUUCGCACACCAGUUUAGCUCCUCUUUUAAGACAACCUUGCCAUAAUCCAAAUACAAAUGAUCCCGAUGCACUAGACAACUGGAACCUACACCAGGAAUAA